AUGACUAGCAAAUCAAUUAUUCUUCUGAGCCUGGUGGUUCUUCACAGCACAUUUAUAAAUGGAAAAACAGCAUGUAAGUGGCAGUUGGUGGAGGAAUGGCAUACACAACCCUCAUCGUAUGUGGUGAAUUGGACACUAUCAGAAAACAUCUGCACGGACUUUAGUGGAGAUUGUUGGUUUGGGGAUGUAAGUACUAAAAUGAGUCCUUUAGGCAAUCAAGUUGUUCCCCAGAUUUGCCCUUUGCAAAUUCAAUUAGGAGACAUUCUUGUAAUUUCUUCUGAACCAUCUCUUCAGUCUCCAGAAAUAAAUUUGAUGAAUGUUUCUGAAGCAUCAUUCGUUGACUGUGUGCAAAAUACCACAACUGAAGAUCAGUUACUUUUUGGUUGCAAGCUGAAAGGAAUGCACACUGUUAAUUCUCGGUGGCUGAGUGUUGGGACACAUUAUUUUAUCACAGUAAUGGCAAAUGGUCCAUCGCUUUGUCAACUGGGACUUCGACUAAAUGUGACUGUAAAAGAGCAGUUCUGCCAGGAAUCUCUGAGUUCAGAAUUUUGCUCUGGGCAUGGUAAAUGUCUGUCUGAAGUUUGGAGCAAGACAUACAGCUGCCAUUGUGAGCCUCCAUUUUCUGGAAAAUACUGCCAGGAAGUUGAUGCAUGUUCUUAUAAACCAUGUGAAAAUAAUGGCAGUCACAUUAAUAAAAGAGGAAAAUGGAAUAAGCAAGGAUACGAAUGUAUCUGUCACCCACCAUUUACAGGUAUAAAUUGUUCAGAAAUAAUUGGCCAGUGUCAACCACAUAUCUGUUUCCACGGGAAUUGCAGCAAUAUUACUGCAAAUAGUUUCAUUUGUGAAUGUGGUGAACCAUUUUCAGGUCCAUUCUGUGAGGAAUCAAAGAAACAUCGUGUUUCUCAGUCCUUUUGGAAAGGAGGAAUUUGCCAGAAUAUAAGCUCUAUUUGCAUUUGUGAAGGUCCAGAAGGAUUUCUCAAUCAAAGCUGUGAAACUGAUGUCAAUGAGUGUUCUUCUCUACCAAGUCAGGAUGGUGCUGACUGCAGUGAUAUUCCAAAUGAUAUCAGGUGCAUCUGUUCACCAGUAUUUACAGGCAAACUUUGUAAGAGACUUCAAACAGCACAUGAGUCAUUUCCAUGCAAGAAUAAUGCCACAUGUAUGAGAUAUGAGAAAGAGUAUAAUUGCAGUUGUAUGCCAGGAUUUACUGGGAAAAACUGUGAGAAAGUAAUUGACCACUGCAGACUGCUCAGCAUCAACUGUCUGAAUGAAGGAUCGUGUUUCAAUAUAAUUGGGAGAUUCAGAUAUGUAUGCACUUCAGAGUGGACAAGAAGUUCGUGUGGGUUUGUAAAGAAUGUUUGCUUAAUUCAUCUGUAUCCCUGCUGCUGUGGAGCCACAAGCCAUGAUAUUUGCCGAGCUAAAGUUCCUCAUCCUCCUCAAUUUAAAUAUGUGUGGCAAUUGGGAUUUACAGGAUCUAAAUGUGAAAAAUGUGAAGUGGCUAUUGAUGCCUACAUCUUUCUCGCUGCAAACUGCACUGAAGAUGCAGUCUGCAGGAACAAAUCUGAAGACCUUGAUUAUGUAUGUUGGUUCCUAUGUGAAGGAACAAUGGAGAUGUGUGCAAAUGGAUGCAGUUGUUUGACUGAAGAAGACAGUAAGAGAUAUUGGUGUCUAGGUAUUCCCAGAUGGCCUGGCAAAAUAUAUCUGGAAAAUGCAACUGAUUAUCAAGAAAGUGGGUGUCAACAAGAAGCUAUUAAUAAAGAUGAAAUUAAUAGAUCCAGAGGCAGCCGUUAUCUUGGUUAUGUUGACAGAUUCUGUAUUCUCAAUGCUGAAGAUUGCUUAGGAAACCAGAGUACAUCAGUGCAUGGCCUCUGCCUGGUCCAUUUCCACAACUGCAACUGUGGCUUUCUGCAAAGAUACAAAAGAAACAUCUGUGAAAUAGAAAAUGAGGAUUAUAAAUCCGUGCCCUGCAAAAAAGGAGCAAGCGGUCUACAUCUAAGUGGCUAUUUCUUCUGCAAAUGUGUCCCAGGAUUUACAGGGACAAGAUGUGAAAUAGAUGCAGAUGAGUGUGUUUCCCAUCCCUGCAAGAAGGGAGCCACCUGCGCUGAUCACCCUGGUGAUUACCUCUGCCAACGUGUGGCUCCAUUUCCAGUGGUUGAUGGCUUCUCCUGCUUAUGCAAUCCGGGCUAUGCUGGCCUGAGAUGUGAACAGGACAUUGAUGACCACAUCCUGAAUGCUUGUGAGCACAAUUCUACCUGCCAAGAUCUGCAUCUCAACUAUCAGUGUGUGUGCCUGUCUGGUUGGGAAGGAAAUUUUUGUGAACAAGAAUCCAAUGGCUGCAAAACGAAUCCCUGUAAGAACAAUUCUAACUGUACUGACCUAUACAAUAGCUAUCGCUGUGAAUGUGCACCUGGAUGGACUGGACAAAACUGCAGUGAAGAAAUAAAUGAAUGUGACUCUGACCCGUGCCUGAACGGAGCUCUCUGUCAUGAAUCUACCAUCCCGGGGCAAUUUGUAUGCCUGUGCCCACCCUUUUACACUGGAAAAUUUUGCCACGAACACUAUAGCUCCUGUGAUCCACUCAAUGACCCUUGCAGAAACAACGCAACAUGCUUGACUUUGGUAGAUGGACGUCAUUAUUGUGUUUGCAGAGAAGGAUUUGAAGGUGAACACUGUGAAAUUAACAUGAAUGAGUGCUUCUCUCUUCCCUGUCAGAAUGAUGGUGAUUGUGAAGAUGAGGUCAACAAUCUCAGGUGUGUUUGCAGACCCGGGUUUUCUGGACCUCUGUGUGAAAUUGAAACUAAUGAGUGUUCCUCUAAACCUUGCAAAAAUAACGGAACCUGUGUGGAUCCAACAAACAGAUUUUUAUGUAAUUGUGAACCUGGGUACAAUGGAUCUUUCUGUGAAUUGGGUAUGAAUGAAUGUGAAAUCUCACCUUGUCUAGAUGGAGAAAAUUGUGUAAACAGAACUGGUGGAUACAACUGCCUCUGUGCUCCUGGUUAUACAGGCAUCAAUUGUGAAGUGAACAUAGACGAAUGUCUAUCAAAGCCAUGUCUCCAUGAUGGGGCCUGUAUUGAUGGCACCAAUCAUUAUACCUGUGACUGCCAGAGCGGGUUUUUUGGAACACACUGUGAAACAAAUGCAAAUGAUUGCCUCUCGAAUCCUUGUCUACAUGGAAGAUGCAUAGAUCUCAUUAAUGAGUAUCAAUGUUCGUGUGAUGCAGAAUGGACUGGCUCAAGAUGUGAGAUCAAGCUUAAUGACUGCACGUCAGUCCCCUGUUUGAAUGAAGGCGUCUGUCAGAAGUCAGUCCAUGGGUCUACUUGCCUUUGCCCAGGUGGAUACACUGGUGCCUAUUGUGAGCUACACGUUGGUAGUCGUGGGGAACCUGAUCCAAAUUUGGUCCUCUGCCUUAAUGGAGGGAGUUGUGUUGAUGGACCUAGAACUUUUUACUGCAGGUGUCUUCCUGGAUUUUCUGGUCAAUUUUGUGAAAUUAAUAUAAAUGAGUGUUCUUCUUCACCAUGUCUAAAUGGCGCAAGCUGUGAAGAUCACAUCAAUGGAUAUAUUUGCAAAUGUCAGCAAGGAUGGUCAGGAGAUCACUGUGAGAAGGAACUUGAUGAAUGCAUUCCCAGCUCAUGUCUUCAUGGAAUAUGCAUAGAAAAUGAAGCUGGCUUUGGAUCGACAUGUUUAUGCAUACCCGGAUUUGUGACCUGUUCCAUUGGGCUUCUUUGUGGUGAUGAAAUACGGAGAAUUACCUGUUUACCUCCCAUCUCUGGAAUAACAGGUGCCAUUUCUACACAGACAUAUACGGUGCCCGCUCCUGCAACUUCAGUCAGUAGCUUUCCACCUACUGGGGCUCCAAGACUAUGGACCAUAACGAAUACUUAUCCAGUUGAUCAAGAUCCAAAGCAGACAGACAUUUUCAAGCACGAUGUUCUCCCAACCACUGGUUUGGCAGCGUUAAGUAUUGGCAUAUCCUUUGAAAGAUAUUUCCUCAAAGAACUGAUUUCCACUAAAGAACUUUUAGGAAAACACAGUCCUUCUUCCACAGAUGUUUCCUCCUCCCAAUUUCUAAACUUUGGUGUUCAUGACCCAGCACAAAUUGUCUGGGGCAAAACAUCUGUACCACCUAUGCCUAUUCAAGCUUCAGCAGCCACACCACGAUUCUUUUUCCCCGAUAGAGAAGAGAGGACCCCAUUUAUCAUCUCUUCCUUAAUGACAGAUUUUACUUUUCCUACACAAUCAUCAUUUGAGAGCGAUCGGACUGUUGCCUUAUCAGCUGCUACAACGAGUUCAGUAAUUAGUGGCAUUUCAGGGGCUGAUACUGAGUUAAACAGGCACUCAUUACUCUCCCAUGGAUUCCUGCUCACAAGUGCUUCCACAAGUGCACCUCCAGUUGUCUCUAGGGGGGCUCAAGAAGAUAUUGAAGAAUAUUCAGCUGUUUCCUUAAUUUCAAGAAGAGAGUCCUGGAGAUUGCUGAGCUCCUCAAUGUCUCCCAUUUCUCCUGCUAAGAUAAUUAUAUCCAAACAGGUAGCCAUCUUAAACUCAUCAACUCUGCACCGAUUCACUACACAAGCCUCCAUUCCCAGUGAAUAUCAGGUUAUUACUGAAGCAUCCAGCAACCGGAGACUCACAAACAUCACAUCACAGUCGGCUGAUUCUUUAAGUGAAUUAAGCCAAACAUGUGCAACAUGUUCUACUACUGAAAUAAAAUCCUCUCAUGAAUUCUCAGAUCGAGUUUUGCAUAGCACACAGUCUCACUUUUAUGAGACAUUCUGGAUGAACUCGGCAAUAUUAGCCAGCUGGUACACACUAACGAGAACUCAAACGACUACUUCUGGGCGUUCAUUUCCUUCUGCGACUGAAAUAAUGCCACCAGUGGCAUUCACAGAAGUGUCAUCUUUAUUUCCUUCUAAAGAGAGUGCAAAAAGAAGAAUUUUAACCUCAUCCUUGGAAGACUCCGUUACCCUAUCAAGCAAUUUGGAUGCUAAUUUAUGUUUGGAUAAGACUUGUUUAUCCAUCGUCCCUCCACAAACUGUCUCCUCAGACCUGAGGUAUUCUGAUUUGUCUUCAAAUCAGACUCCUGAUGGUCUUUCAGUAUCAGGAAACAUUUUAAAACUAUUGAAAAUAGGACAAUAUGGAGUAAACAUGGGUCCCACUGAGGUACUGAAUCAAGAUGGUUUACAGGGUAUGCAAGAGAGUAAAGGAUCUCAUAAACAGCUCAAACCUCACACAACUGAUGGUUCUCUAGACUUUGAAUUAACCUUACCAAGUCAUCCAGAAACUGUACAUUCAAGUGACCUCAAAAACAACCUGCCACCAUACAUGGACUCAAUGUCUGAUUUUUCAGAAGUAACCUCUAAUGUUGCGUUUUAUACAGUUGCCCCAACUCAGUCACUUCCAAUACAGACCCCUUUCCCCACAUCUGUUCUUAUGCCAGAUUGGAAAUAUUAUACAGACUAUCUGACCUUAACAUCUGAUUUAAAAGAAGAGGUCAAACCUUCUUCAGGAUGGUCCAAAUGGGAACUUCAGCCUAGUGUGUAUGAUUGGGAAUCUCCUGCUGCAAGUCAGAGGCUUUCCAUCACUAGAUCUCUUACUUUGUCUUCACUGGGGUCCAUUCCAGCACCUCGUCAGCUGAUGAUUUCUGAUUUCAGCUGUGUUUGUUAUUAUGGAGAUUCCUAUCUAGAAUUUCGGGAUGUGUUUUUAAAUCCACAAAACAACAUCUCCCUAGAAUUUCAGACUUCCAGCUCCGAUGGACUCCUGCUCUAUAUCCAGCAAGACUCAAAUUCAGUAGAUGCAUUUUUUAUUCAAUUAUUCAUUGAAAAUGGUACUUUAAAGUACCACUUUUUCUGUGCUGGUGAAGCAAAAUUGAAAAGCAUUAACACUACUAUUAAAGUGGAUGAUGGACAAAAGUAUACACUGCUUAUCAGGCAAGAAUUGGAUCCAUGUAAAGCUGAACUGAAUAUUCUAGGGAGGACUAUAAAAGCAAGCAAAUCCACCAAUCACAUAUCUGGAAAACCCCUGCCAGAAUCAGGGUUUGUCUUUAUUGGUGGAUUUCCAGAUCUUCAUGGAACAAAGAAGAUUUCUGGACCAGCUGAGAAUUUUACUGGCUGCAUAGAAGUUCUAGAAGUAAAUAACUGGAGAUCUUUCAUCCCUUCCAAGGCAGUGAAAAAAAUUCACAUAGAAAAUUGCAGAUCCCAGGAUUCUACUCUGUCUGCAGCGUCUGCCUUUGCUGCUCCUUCUGGUGUGACAGAAGGGGUUGACUCCUCAUGGACUUCCCUCGGGCCCCCUCCUGCAGCGCCGUCCGUGUGCCAGGGGGAGGUGUGCCACAACGGAGGCACCUGUCACCCUGUCUUCCUCUCAAGUGGUGUAUCCUCCUUCCAGUGUGACUGCCCACUACAUUUCACUGGCCGUUUCUGUGAACAAGAUGCAGGUUUAUUUUUUCCAUCUUUCAACGGGAAUUCCUAUCUAGAAUUGCCUUUUUUUAAAACCAUGGAUGAGUCGAAGUUUGUCCUGGAGAAGAAACAUAACAUAAUUGUUACCAUCUACUUGACAAUAAAAACAAACACUUUGAAUGGAACUGUCCUCUACAGCAGUGAGAAGAAUUUUGGACAACAGUUUCUUCAUUUAUUUCUUGUGGAAGGAAGGCCCACAGUUAAAUAUGGAUGUGGAAGUUCUCAAAAUAUCUUGACUCUUUCUGCUAAUUAUAGCAUUAACACAAAUGAAAUCAUUCCCAUCACAAUACGCUACACGAUGCCGGUUGGCAGCCCUGGGGUUGCUUGUAUGAUUGAAAUGACUGCAGAUGGAAAACCUCCAAUACAGGAGAAAGACACGGAGACACCUCACACUUCUCGGGUACAUUUUGAGUCAAUGUUCCUUGGCCAUGUCCCUGCAAAUGUUAAGAUCCAUAAGAAUGCAGGCCCCAUUUAUGGGUUCAAGGGCUGCAUUCGAGAGCUUCAAGUGAACGACAAGGAAUUCUUCAUCAUUGAUGAAGCACUUCAUGGAAAGAACAUUGAGAACUGCCAUGUCCCUUGGUGUGCUCAUCAUCUAUGCCACAACAAUGGCACCUGCAUCAGUGACAGUGAAAACUGGUCUUGUGAGUGUCCAAGGCGGUCCUCAGGCAAGCUGUGCCAGUUUGCAACUUGUGAAAACAACCCAUGUGGACACGGUGCCACCUGUGUCCCUAAAUCCGGGACCGAUGUUGUCUGCCUCUGUCCGUACGGGAGGUCUGGACUCCUCUGCACCAACGCUAUUAAUAUCACUCAGCCCCGGUUCAGCGGCACGGAUGCCUUUGGGUACACUUCAUUCCUGGCUUAUUCACGGGUCCCAGACAUCGUCUUCGCCUACGAAUUCCACCUGAAGUUUCAGCUGGCGAACAACCACUCGGCCCUGCAAAAUAACUUAAUAUUUUUCACCGGACAGAAGGGCCAUGGGCUCGAUGGUGAUGACUUCCUGGCUGUGGGUCUGCGCAACGGCAGCGUGGUUUACAGUUACAACCUGGGAUCUGGCAUCGCAAGUAUCAGUAGCGAUCCUCUCGAUCUGAGCCUUGGGAUCCACACAGUCCAUCUGGGGAGACUCUUCAAAAUGGGCUGGCUGAAGGUAGAUGAUCAUAAAAAUAAAUCCAUCAUCGCCCCGGGAGCAUUGGUUGGUCUCAAUGUCUUCAGUCAGUUCUAUGUCGGUGGCUACAGUGAAUAUACUCCAGAGCUCUUACCGAAUGGAUCCGAUUUUAAAAAUGGCUUUCAAGGGUGUGUUUUCACUCUCCAAGUUCGCGCUGGGAAGAAUGGCCAUUUCAGAAGCCUGGGCGACCCCGAGGGCCACCCCAGUGCUGGGCGCAGCGUGGGCCAGUGUGGGGCUUCUCCUUGCAGUGUAAUGCGAUGCGGCCGUGGCGGGACGUGCGUAGAGAGCGGGUCCACUGUUUACUGUGACUGUCCCUCGGGGUGGAAAGGAGCAUUCUGCACGGAGACAGUUUCUACCUGUGACCCUGAACACGACCCUCCACACAACUGUAGCAAAGGAGCCACUUGUGUGUCGUUGCCUCACGGAUACACCUGUCAUUGCCCUCUAGGAACCACUGGACUCUACUGUGAACAAGCUUUAUCUAUAAGUGAUCCGUCUUUCAGAAGCCAUGAAUUAUCCUGGAUGUCUUUUUCUUCCUUUCGUAUUCGAAAAAAGACACAUAUUCAGUUGCAGUUUCGGCCUCUUUCUGCAAACGGCAUCCUAUUUUAUGUUGCACAGCACUUAAAAGCACAAUCAGGUGAUUUUUUAUGUCUCUCUUUAGUAAACGGUUCUGUUCAACUUCGCUACAACCUUGGCAACAGAACUAUCAUUCUAGAAACUCUCCAAAAAGUAACUAUCAAUGGAAGUACUUGGCACAUGAUCAAAGCAGGAAGAGUUGGUGCAGAAGGCUACCUGGAUCUGGAUGGGAUAAAUGUAACAGAAAAAGUCAAGGCUGAAAUGAGCUCCCUGGACACAAAUACGGACUUCUACAUUGGAGGAGUGUCAUCCUUAAAUCUUGUAAAUCCCAUGGCAAUAGCAAAUGAACCUGUAGGCUUUCAAGGUUGUAUCCGAGAAGUUAUUAUAAAUAAUCAAGAAUUACAGUUAACUGAAUUAGGAGCAAAAGGUGGUGCAAAUGUAGGUGACUGUGAUGGGACAGCCUGUGGGUACAACGUGUGCAGAAAUAGGGGUAAAUGUAUAGUAAAUGGCACAACUUUUUCUUGCAGAUGUUCACCACAUUGGGCUGGAAAUACAUGUGACCAGUCGUUGUACUGUUUGAAUAACCUUUGUCUCCACCAAUCUAUAUGUAUACCGGACCAAUCAUUUUCUUACAGUUGUUUGUGUACUUUGGGUUGGGAGGGAAGGUAUUGUGAAAACAAAACUUCAUUUUCAACUGCAAAAUUUAUGGGUAAUUCUUACAUUAAAUACAUUGACGCAAAUUACAGAAUGAGAAACCUUCAGUUCACUGCAGUGUCCUUAAAUUUCAGUACCACCAAAACAGAAGGCUUAAUUAUAUGGAUCGGAAAGGCUCAAAAUGAAGAAAAUGAUUUUCUGGCAAUUGGUCUCCAGAAUCAGUCCUUGAAAAUUGCAGUUAACUUAGGAGAAGGUAUCUCUGUACCUAUGAUUUAUAGCAAUGGCACAUUCUGUUGUAAUAAAUGGCACCAUGUAAUUAUAAUUCAAAAUCAGACUCUUAUUAAGGCCUACCUAGAUGACAAUCUAAUUCUCUCUGAGGAUAUUGAUCCACACAAAAAAUUUGUUGCUCUGAACUAUGAUGGUAUUAGUUAUCUAGGGGGCUUUGAAUAUGGUCGAAAGGUCAACAUUGUUACUCAAGAGAUUUUCAAAAGAGAUUUUGUUGGCAAAAUUAAAGAUGUAUUUUUUCAGGAUUCAAAAAAAAUUGAGUUAAUUAAAUCAGAAGGAUACAACGUUUAUAAUGGAGAUGAACAAAAUUAG